GAGCCAUCUCAUGCCUUCCUAGCCCCUGAGGCUGCAUGUCGAGGUUUGGUACUAUCCACUCCAUCCAGCCGAUGGCCUCUAGGAAGAAGGCUUCGUCUUCACCUGUCGGAGGUUUGGUACUAUCCACUCCAGGGGGGGGCGUCGCAUUCCGGCCGACACCGACAACGACAUUACGACAUGGACGACAUUACUCGGGCCGCUUGUGCGGACGGCUUGUAUCCGCACCCAGUUCGUCGACAUGCAGCGUACAACGGAAGAAAAAUGGGGUUUCGAUAA